GACAUCUCUUUCGCUUGUACAUACAGAUGUUGAAGAAUAUGCAUCAACGAACAAAAACAUAAUAUUGAAUGUUGAUAGUAAUUGACUUUUCCAGAUUGAUUUAUAAAUAUUAAAUAUGCUAUUAAGAAAGGUGAAGACUCCGAUUAGAAAUUUUAGUGACCUCUACUAUAUAUGCAGAUAUGGAUGCACACAGCAUAAUUUGAAAGAAAAACCGGAUCCCACAAAGGUGUCUACAGAUUAUGUUGGACCAGCGGACAAAUUAUCUAACAUAAGAUUAUAUGUUAGACAUGUCGCAAAGAAUGAAACGGAUUUACAAUCUCGACUAAGACAGAAGCAGGAAGAGGUUGAGAAAUGGAAUCAUGAAUUUUGGGCACGCCACAAUGAAAGCUUUUACCUGGAACGAGAAGAUUUUAUCAAAACGUCCAUGGAUGGUGUCAAAAACGACGACUCCGCCGAUAAAAUGAGUGAAUUUUAUAAAUCAUUCUUAGAUAAGAACUGGAAGACCCAUUUCCACUACAACUUUACAUGGUAUUCGAAAAACUUAGAAAUGCUUACUCUAUCAUUUAGAGUUUAUGCUGAAUGGUUAUUAAAAAAACUUAAAAAUAAAGAUUAAUAAAAAC